AGGCUUGUUGGCCAGGGAAAGAGGGAGGAAAUGAAGAAAAUCAAUAACACUCAAAGCCCAAGUUUAGAAAAAAAGAAAAAGAAAACGGGGGGUCAUGAAUUAUUGGAUGGCAUGAUGGAAUAUGCGGUAGUAGUGGUGACAGUCGAGGGUAGGAUGAUGGGGCCGCAAAAACGGAGGGCCAACCUCGUCCUCUCCACCGCCAUGAGGCAAAGGACAUAUAGCGGCGGUAAUACGCACAUCAGCGAGUACGGUCUUGCUUCCUGGAUGCAAGCCAAAAAUGCCCAAGGUUCGCAACUCGGAAAGGAAAGUUCGGAAGUUGUAAAAUUUUGCAAAAUCAGAGAGAAAAGGGGCGACGUUGGCGUGUUCGUAGCACCUCGGAUCCGGGCAUCAGGACAAAAAGGGGGCCACUGGGUGGCCCCACCCAGUCUUCCCCUGCUACCACAGGCUCGCCAUGGGAAACGGGGUGCUCUUGCCGUAAAUGCAUUGACCCACUCUAGAGGACAUCCUCUCCCAAUCGUCAAAAAUGAAAGAGUCUAG